UUUACAGUUUCGUCCCCGUCAAGCUUGCUGUAAAGUCGUUGCGGGGCCUCACUCUUCUUCUCUCUUUCUCUCUUUCUCUUCUUUCUUUUUACUAAAAAAACAAACAUGAAUUCCUGGAAGUUGCCUGGCUCAAAAAAAAGCAAGGACCAAAACUCCUCCACCACCUCUUCUUCUUCUUCUUCAACACAAUUAGCGCCUUCGACCGCUCCUACAUCCUUUACGUCUGCAUCGUCGACAUCCACUGCAGCAGCACCAUCUGUAUCAUCAUCACACCAUCCUGAACCCAAAUCAGGUGUCUUACUUAUACGAGUAUGUGAUGCCCGGGGCAUCUCGUUGCCGCCGGGCGUCACCCUCCCUUCGGUUCCUCACCAAGCACUCACACCCGCAUCCCGCAGCAAUCGUGAUUCAUUAACUCGCAAGCAGAAUUGGUGGUUGCCCUAUGUUGUUUUGGAGUUUGAUAAAAAUGAAAUCCUAGUGGAUGCCCUGGCUGGCGACACGGCAAAUCCCAUCUAUCAUUAUCGAGCGCACUUUGAUGUGUCACGUUCUUCAGAAGUGUCGAUAUCGAUCUAUUUACGCCAACCACCCAGAUCGCAAGGCUCGGCAGCGCGGAACACGAACGAUUAUUUCCUCGGUGCUGCCAAGAUCCAGCCCAAUUUUGACACCAACAGGGUUGAGGACCAAAGCCUGAAUAUCACCGGAGGCACCGGUGUCAUGCAUGUCCAGCUUUGCUAUAAGCCGCAGCAGCAAAGCCAACCCAUUGCGUUCGAUUCAUUCGACUUGCUCCGCGUGGUAGGCAAAGGCAGUUUCGGCAAAGUCUAUGUUGUGCGCAAGAAAGAUACCAACCGUAUAUACGCCAUGAAAGUCUUGCGCAAGUCAAGAAUCAUUUCGCGGUCUGAAGUGACACAUACGAUGGCCGAAAAGACGGUGCUGGCCAAGGUCAGCAACCCGUUCAUUGUGCCUCUCAAAUUCGCUUUCCAGAGCCCUGACAAGCUGUACUUGGUGUUGGCGUUCAUCAACGGUGGCGAAUUGUUCCAUCAUCUUCAAGUUGAGGGCAAGUUUAGUGAAGAACGGUCGCGAUUUUAUACCGCUGAAUUGCUGAGUGCGUUAGAGUGUCUUCAUGGUUUCAAUGUGAUUUAUCGUGACUUGAAGCCUGAAAACAUCUUGAUCGAUUACAACGGUCAUAUUGCCCUGUGUGAUUUCGGUUUGUGCAAACUCAACAUGACCGAGAACGAGCGGACGAAUACUUUUUGUGGUACGCCUGAAUACCUUGCACCUGAGCUGCUGCUAGGCCAAGGCUAUUCAAAGGUCGUCGACUGGUGGACACUGGGUGUCUUGCUCUAUGAAAUGAUGACUGGUUUGCCACCAUUCUACGACGAGAAUACAAAUGAAAUGUACAGAAAGAUUCUUCAGGACGAGCUGCGUUUCCCCGACGACAUGUCGUCUGAGGCCAAGGAUCUUUUGCGAGGCUUGCUUACACGUAAUCCCGGCGAACGAUUGGGCAACAAAGGACCGGAAGAUAUCAAGAACCAUCCGUUUUUCGCCAGCAUUGACUGGCGCAAGCUCUUACAAAAGAAGAUGCAGCCGCCAUUCAAACCGUCGGUGGAGAGCGCAUACGACACAUCCAACUUUGACGAAGAGUUUACGUCAGAAGAACCGCUCGAGUCGUUGGUGGAUGAAUCGCAGAUCUCGCGGACGAUGCAGGAACAAUUUGCAGGCUUCACCUUCAAUCCGGCCAACGACGGUGUCAUGAGCGAAAGUUUCAAUGGCUCAGCCUCUGGCAGCGUUGGUGUGAGCGUGGGUCAUCAUCAUUCACAACAAAGUGGACCAAGAUGGUAGACUCUUCUUUUCUUCUUCUUCUUCUUCUUCUUCAUAUAUACAUCUUCUUCAUCCCAAUGUGCCACUCCCCCACCACCACCCCCGCCCAAACUUUCUUCUUUACUACGCACCCACUUU